AAAACCACACCCUUUUUCCCUCUCAAAACCAUCAAAAUGACUGGCGGAAAGUCCGGCGGCAAGGCUAGCGGCAGCAAGAACGCGCAGUCCCGUUCCUCCAAGGCUGGUUUGGCCUUCCCCGUUGGCCGUGUCCACCGUCUGCUCCGCAAGGGCAACUACGCCCAGCGUGUCGGUGCCGGUGCUCCCGUUUACCUCGCUGCCGUUCUCGAGUACCUCGCUGCUGAGAUUCUCGAGUUGGCUGGAAACGCCGCCCGUGACAACAAGAAGACCCGUAUCAUUCCCCGUCACCUCCAGCUUGCCAUCCGUAACGAUGAGGAGCUGAACAAGCUCUUGGGCCACGUCACUAUUGCCCAGGGUGGUGUUCUCCCCAACAUCCACCAGAACCUUCUCCCCAAGAAGACUCCCAAGGCCGGCAAGGGCAGCCAGGAGCUGUAAGGGUUCUAUCUUUUUUCGCGGGUUGUUUGUUUUCUUUUCCGGCGCGGAUUGGUUCUUUGACACGAUAAUGGGGUUAUGGGACGGGCACGUUAUGGCUCUGCGUUUUCUCUUUUUUUUCCAUCAAUUUCCUGGUUGUACAUUAUGUCUACGGACAUGGAAUGAUACCGACGACCUUAACUUGCUUGAGGGAUUUCAACUUUCGGAUACUAGCUCUGGGCAUGAGCCCAAAUCAAUGAAAACUCCAGGUCUUUCAAGUGUUAAAA